AUGAACACCCGACCCAUACUGGACUCAGAUAAGGGGCCAUUUGUGCUCUCUGUCUCACUGAAUGCAGACAAUUCAUGCUUCUCAGCGGCUCUGGAAACUGGAUUCCGUGUGUUCUCCUCCAAAACAUGUGAGCAGAUGGUCGCAAGAGAAGUUGGCGGCGGCAUCGGCUGCGCGGAGAUGCUCGGCACCACCAGCUAUAUUGCACUCGUUGGAGGAGGGAAGCAGCCCAAGUUCCCGCAAAACAAGGUCUGUCGCCCCGAGGACUCCGGCUGGGAACUGAUCAACAAGACUGACAUUGUCUACGAGGUCCAAAUAUGGAACGACAACACCAAAGUAGUCACCACAGCGCUCGAGUUCAAGACGCCGGUGCAGCGCGUUCGCAUCUCGCAGACACACUUGGUCGUGGUACAGCUAAACAAGGUGGGCAUCUACAAGAUGAAGGUCCCGCCAGAGAAGCUGGCGGAGUAUGAGACAGCGAAUAACCCGUAUGGACUAUGCGCACUCGGAAAGGGGACAGUGGCUUUUCCUGGCCGGGCUAUUGGACAAGUCAAGUUAUAUGACGUUAACACCGGUAACGUUAGCAUUAUUCCCGCUCACGACGGGCCCCUCCGCGCUCUGGCUCUUAGUAGCAACGGCGAAAUGGCAGCAACAGCCAGCGAGCAAGGCACCAUCAUCCGCCUCUGGUCCUUCCCCUCGUGCACCAAGCUAGGAGAGUUCCGCCGCGGCGUCGAUCCAGCUGCAAUAUUCUCCCUCGCCUUUUCGCCUUCGGGGUUGACACUUGCAGUCACAUCCGACAAGUCGACCCUGCACAUCUACGACCUGCAUAAUACGCAGACCGCAGACCCGAAAAAGCACAAAUAUGGCAUCUUGUCCAAGGUCCCGCUCCUCCCACGGCAAUUCUCAGACACGUAUCCGACCGCUUCGGUCAAGUUUGAGAUGGGCGACGAGCCAACGACGUGGGGUCCACACAUGAAGUCGGCGACUCUGGGCGCUGGCAUCCCCGGUGUGCCGGGUGGUAGGCCAACCAAGGGGCUUUUGGGCUGGCUAGACGAUAACACGGUUCUUAUUCUUGGUGCUGGCCAGGAUGCGCGGUGGGAGCGCUUUAGCAUUGUCAUAGAAGAGGAUACGGGUAAGAAGGUUCUUGCCCCGUAUGGAUGGAAGCGCUACCUUGACGAUUAG